AUGAAAGGAUCAAUAAUAAUAAUAAUAUUGUUAAUAUCUGUAUUUUUAAUCACUGGUAUCCAUUCAAUGGAUGGUGACUUGGAUCCAAAUGCUAGAUGUGAACCAUACAAAGGAUACAGUAUUUGUAAAGGAAGAUUAAAUAACGAAGCAUCUAUUUAUGUUGGAGGACAAUAUUCUAGUCAAGAUCAAAUGAAUUCAACCAUUUCAACUUUAUUUUCAGCAUCUCCAUCAACUUGUAAAACUUCAAAUGCAACAACUGCAUUGUGUAAUAAUUUUUUUCAACAAUGUAUAUCAAUUAGUUUAAAUGUUAGUGGAACAGAGACUGGUACACAAGCAUUGGCAGUUAGACCGUGCCGAGUGAAUUGUGAAUAUGUUGUUGAUCUUUGUCCAUUGUUGACAAUGGCAGGUAUCGAUUGUUCAACUCAAAAUGGAAGUCUAUUUGAAUUUCCUGUUGUUUCCAAUACUUAUAAUUUGGCAUCUCGAAAUGGUCCAGCAUCACAAGUGGUAGAGUGUCUCAACACCAAUACUGUCAAUGUGACUGCCAACUCUUCCGACCCAUUCAAUGGUGUCUGUCCAUCACCAUUUGUCUAUGUAAACACGACCGACAAAUCUGAUCUAUCAGGUUACGCAAUGAUCGAUAAUACUGAUUGUGCUAUGAACUGUCCCAGUAUGUUAUUCAGUACUGAUCAAUGGAGAUCCUAUCAACUGAUGGUCAACAUAGUAUCGACCAUCUCAUUUGUAGCAAUGACAUUUAAUAUUUUCACUUAUGGAGUACUCAACAAAAAGUAUGAUCGUCAUACCAUCAUUGUCUUGUUCUUUUCCACUUCCAUCUUUCUAAUGAUGCUUGCCGAUAUUGUCUUUACCGCCAAAGGUUGGGAAUUACUUUGUCCAGAACCUGGUAGAUAUGCUCGUCAAUUUGAUGCUGGGUGUGCUGCUACCGGUAUUAUCUUUCAAUUUGGAGCAGUAUCAGCAGUAUUGUGGUGGUCAUGCAUGUCAUUUGAUCUAUGGUUGGUUAUUCGAAAGGUUACGACUAGUCAAUCCUAUCACAACUAUUAUAUAGCAAUACUCAACUUUGUAGCAUUGGUCUUUACGAUUGUCCCACUUUUUGAAAAAGAGUAUGGAUAUGGAUACGGUGGGUUAGGAUGUUGGAUGCUAUCUGAUAAAUACCAAAAUGCAGUCUUUUGGAUUCCACUUUGUGUUUGUCUACUUGGUGGUAGUAUAUUUAUUAUUUUAAUUAUUAAAGAAAUCUAUUCUGUUGUAUCAAAAGUAAAUAGAGAGGGAACAUCAGGUAGAUUUUAUAUGAUUAAAAUGAAUAUUAGACCAAUACUCAUUAUCCUUAUUGUAUGUGGAGAGUUUAUCUAUUUGUUUAUUUAUCAUUUCUACGUUCAAGCAAAUACCGAUGAAUGGUAUGCUGAAAUGGUUGAAUAUCUAAAAUGUGAAGCUUUUAUUGGUGGUUGUUCUGCCAGUAUCAUUCCAUAUAGUGCACAGUUUACAUUCCUAUUCUUUAUGAGAUUGCUUGGUAUAGAGUCACUCUUUUUCUAUGGUAUCAGUAGACGUACCAAAAAGAUUUGGCUCGAGUCUACAUUGAUCAAUCACAGAAUAUCACAAACCAUCUUUUCAAGAUUGAGACAUUUCUUUAAACGUGUCACUUCUAUUAGACUUGGAUCCGGUACAUCUGGUGCCGCUUUUACUUGGGAAACUACUACAGACUCUCAAUUCACCUCAAAAUAUACGACCGAUACAAGAAUGGAAUCUGCAGUAUCUGGUAUUCAAUUGGAAACUGUAACAAAUAUGGAAGAAUCAACUUCAUCAACGCAUGAUGAAUUAUAA